AAUCAGGUUUCGAGGAGCGGUAUAAACAAGUAGACUCAUCCCAGCUGGAGUGUGUGUAACACCGGACAAGCUGACAAAUCUUACAGCGAAUAUCUACGUUUCUCUGCAGCUGCCGUGAUGGAUAUGUCACUGCAGCUUCAUAUUUUGCCUUGCACAUCUUCUGACAAACUCAAGAAGUCUUUCCUUGACCAACUGUCUCUCCAUGUUGAGCUGAACAGGGAAGCCUCCUCCACUGUUUCACUGCCGCUCAUCGUGAUAUUUCGGCCUCAAGGCAGACCGAACGAUGAAUUUGAUGGCGUGGUUUUACCUUUCCUUGAUAAAGGUGAUCCCAGCUGCAAGGAUGUUAUUCUCUUCACUGCCCUCGCCACGUUACAGCCCUAUGGUCGUGGCUUUGCUCCAGAUUGUGCAUUGAGAUUUAAGUACACGGACAAGCUCUUUAUUACGUCAGGUCAUCUUGAUACUCAAAUUAAUAGACCCACAUUUACAAAACUUGGAGACAUCCUUGUGCAAGAAUACGGCUUCAAGCAGACUUCGGGUCGUCAAUCACAGGGAGAACGAGACCAGGGGUCAAUACAUCUCGGUGGUGACCAAGAGGAGGUAAACAAACGUUCUGUUAGCGAUCUACGCAAGCAAGUAGACGAAGACCUCCCUCUUGGAGGUGAUGCCAGUAUAGAAGUGGGUGAAGGCGACUCUCUUGGAGGUGAUGCCAACAGACUAGAGAACAACUCUGCUAGACACAGAUUAUGGAUUAUGAAAAAGGAAAUGGAGGGGGUGACAACUGACUUGCAACGGGAGGUGGAGACAAAGUGGAAGUUACUGGUGCAACUACCUAGGAUACUCGAAGCUGUUCUUGAAGAACUUGACAAGGAACCAAAUACUGCAGAGAUACUGGAGAACUACUCACUCAAUACCUCUAGAGGAGAUGCACCACCACAAGGCGCAGGGUUACAGGUUAGACAGAGGAUACAAGAACAAUUCAACAACAGGACAGCUGCUUUGCAAAACGAUGUCCAGACCAGGUUAAAAGUGCCAGCAGGGAAACUGCUCACAAUACUUGAAGAGGUGCUCAAAUAUGCGGACCAGGACCGAAAGGUAACAAAUCAGGGCCAGAAAUGGAGGCGACUUUGGCGCAAAUGAGCAAACUGGAUCACCUGUUUAGGUGCAUGUCGAAGAAUAUUCAGCGAACCUUUUUUUUCAGAAUUAACGAUUGAAACCCUCUAACCGGCAAAUGUCAGAGCAACUUACGCCAUUGGCAUGUAUUCAUCCAAAAUACCUUUAGCCUUUAGCCUGUCGAAUGGAUGGGUGAAUGUUGCUUUACUGCACAGUCAGCAUUUUUCCAGCCUGUCCUUCUCUGAAUGUAAAUAUCCCAGGCCAGCUAGGCAAGGCAAAGCGGUAGGAUCAAUAUACCAUGUCUGAAUUGAAAUAUCCCAGGCCAGCUAGGCAAGGUGUAGCAGUAGGAUCUAUAUACCACGUCUGACUGUAUAUAUCUCAGGCCAACUAGGCAAGGUGAAACAGUAGGAUCUAUAUACCAUGUCUGACUGUA